AUGGCUGUCCUCGCGCCUGGCCUCCUCCGCGCGCCGCCGCAAGCCCUCGCGGAUGACGCUCUCGCCAGAUGUCGCCCAGCCGACGCUCAGAACAGUCCCUUUGGCGCCAUGAACCAGACCCGCGCGAACCUGCGUGACCGGCAGCGGCCGCGGUCCCGGGCAGAGCUCAACCGCGCCGCGUACGGGCCCGACAAGCAGCACAAGGAGGAGAAGCCGCUGUUCAAGGCGCUGAAGAUGCAGACGGCCCUGGCGCCGGUGUCGUAUGGCCGCCGCACCGCCAUCAAGGCCAAGAUCGCAGACAUCAGCAGCUUCGACCACUUCGCCCUGCUGCCGGCCGUGCGCGACGCCAUCUGCAGCACUGUGUUUGCCGACCUCGACUACGUGCGCCCGACGCCCAUCCAGCGCCUCGCCAUCCCGGCCAUCCUCCGCACGGGCUCCGCGACGCCGGCGCCAGAAGAGGGCGACGAGGGCAUGCCGCAGUUUGACCAGUUCCUCCUGGCUGCCGAGACGGGCUCCGGCAAGACCAUCGCCUAUCUGGCCCCGGUGGUCGACGCGAUCAAGCGAGGAGAGGAAAAAGAAAAGGCAGCGAAGCAGGAAGAAGAACAAGAACAAGAAGAAGCAACAGAGGAUGUGUUUGAGCUGGUGCCGCCGGCCGUGGGCGAGGAUCCCGACGGCCCAAAGAACGUCGUGAGGCCGCGGGCGCUCAUCCUGGUGCCCACGUCGGAGCUGGUCGAGCAGAUCGGCCGCAUCGUCAAGCAGCUGGCGCACACCGUCAAGUACCGCGCCGCCCUGCUGGCCUCCAGCUACACGCCGCGCAAGAUCAGGAACACGCUCUUCAACCCGGCCGGGCUCGACAUCCUCGUCACCACGCCGCACCUCGUCGCCUCCAUCGCCGACGCCAACCCCUACAUCCUCAGCCGCGUCUCGCACGUCGUCGUCGACGAGGCCGACUCGCUCUUCGACAAGUCCUUCUCGCCCGUCACCAACGCCAUCAUCGACCGCACCGCACCCACCCUGCAGCAGCUCAUCCUCUGCUCCGCCACCAUCCCCCGCUCCCUCGACACCCGCCUGCGCGAGCGCUUCCCGCAGAUCCGCAGGCUCGUCACCCCGAACCUGCACGCCAUCCCCCGCAGAGUCCAGCUCGGCGUCGUCGACAUCGACAAGGAGCCCUACCGCGGCCGCCGCGCCCUCGCCUGCGCCGACGCCAUCUGGUCCCUGGGCAAGUCCGGGAACCCCUACGACUCCGACGUCGGCUACCAGGUCACCGGCCUCCGGGAGCCCAAGGCCAUCAUCGUCUUCGUCAACGAGCGCGACACCGCUGACGAACUCGCCCAGUUCCUCGUCUCAAGGGGCAUCGACGCCCUGUCCCUGACCCGCGACACCCCCGACAAGCGCCAGGCCCACAUCCUCGAGGACUUUACCGUCGGCAAACCGCCGCCCGUGCCAGAGGACUACAAACUGCUGAAGCGCAGCAAGUUCGACGGCGACUCGGUCCCGUUUGUCAACGUCCAGCCCGGUGCCGCCAGCAAUAACAGUAACAGCAAGCGCCUCGCCGACACCAGGGUCCUGGUCGUCACGGACCUGGCCUCGCGCGGCAUCGACACGGUGGCCGUGAAAACGGUCAUCUUAUACGACGUCCCCCACUCCACCAUCGACUUCAUCCACCGCCUUGGCCGGCUGGGUCGCAUGGGCAGACGCGGUCGGGGCAUUGUCCUGGUCGGCAAAAAGGACCGAAAGGAUGUUGUCCGCGAAGUCAGGGAUGCCAUGUUCCGCGGCCAGGCGUUGAUUUAA